AUGGCGACCGAAGAUGAAGCGAGAGAAGCAGCAGAUGGGACGGAAGUCCAAGUGGAAGCUGUGGAUUUAGGAACAGUUCAUUUGCAAGCACACCCAGAAGGCAAGCUUUCAUCUCUAAUGGAGAUCAAGAGCAUGGGAGAAACCAUCGAUUCAACUGAAGGAACGUUGAAGAUUCCAGAGGAUCAAGUUUUUGUAGAAGCACCCUCUGAUGUCCAACUUCCUCCAGAACAUAAUCUAAAUGGCGAAGCAUCUUCUCUGAAUGGCCAUACAGACAAAGAAGAGAAGAUUUCAAAUGAGCAGCCGCAUGACAACGACCAGGAAGAAGCAGAACUAGAUCAGAGCAACGGAAUCAACAAAGAAGAUGUGACUGAUGGUUUAAGACAUGGAGAGAGCACAACAGAAGACAGCUGCCUACUGAAGCACAAGAAAGAUGAAGAACCCAAGGGUGAUGACCAACAAGAUUUAGGUGUUACAGUGGAUGAUGACUCGGUGCAGGAAGACACGCUGAAAACUGACAAUGCUAUUGAGCAAACAGAUGAUGGUCAGCAAGACCAAAAUCAAGAACCAGAAAAGGCAAACAAGAACACAGAACCUUCAAGCAUCACAAACAAUGCGGAUGUUGACAAUGCUAUUGAGCAAACAGAUGAUGGUCAGCAAGACCAAAAUCAAGAACCAGAAAAGGCAAACGAGAACACAGAACCUGCAAGCAUCGCAAAUAAUGAUGUUGAGAUUGUAGCUGAGGCACCGACUGGACUCCAAGCUCCUGUGGAGCCAUGUAUGGAUGAUUCUGAUGGCAUUCCGGAGACUAUUGAUGAAAAGACAGAAACAGAUGAACCAACUAAGGCAGAUGGUGUUGUUCGUCCUGAAGAGGUGGCCAAAGUAGAAGAUCAACAGAGUCAGCUAGCUGAUACGAUGGAUGCAGAUGUGGCCCCGGAAGAGAUUAAAUGUGAAGAAACUGAUCAGCAGGAAGAGAAGCCUAAAUCUGAAGCUCAUGAGCCAACGAUUGAUGCUCAAGGAGUGUUGAAUCAAGAACUUUCUGAAGAAACUGAUGACUCGAUGAAUGAAAAGAUUGAAGAAACUGCGCACCAGAGGAACAUGGCAGCUCCAAAGGAGACAACACUAGAACAUGAGGCAACAAUGAGUGCUCCACCAGUAAAUACUCAAGUGCAGAACCAGGAAUCAUUAGAAGAAAUAGAAGAUACUGAAGCAGAAAUCCAACCAAGCAGUGGCUUUGGGGAUGCAAUUCCAGAAGAUCAAUCUAAUUUAGGUGUUACAAUACACAAUGACACUGUGAAUGAGGACACACUGAGAGCUAUUGAGCAACAGGAUGAUGGUCAGCAGGAUGAGGGUCUAGAACCAGAAAAGGCAACUGAGCAUACACAAUCUGCAAGCAUGACAAACAUUCCCCAUGCUGAGAUUGUAACUGAAGCACCUUCUGGAGUCCAAACUCCAGGGGAGCCGAGUCUGGACAACUCUGAUGCCAUUCCAGAUAUUAUUGAUGCAAACACAGAAACAGAUGAGCCAGCUAAACCACACGCUGUUGUUCAUCCUGACCAGAAAGAGAGCUUUCCAGAAGAUGCAUCUACUGCAGAACCUACAGAAGAGGUGGUCCAAGCAGAAGAUCAACAGAGCCAGCAAGCUGAUGCGAUGGAUGCAAACAUGGUGCAGGAAGAGGAGCCUAAAUCUGAACACGCUGAUGAGCCAGCAACUGAUGCUCUUGAAGUGCUGAAUCAAGAAUCUGCUGAAGAAAUUGAUGGCCCAGUGAAUACUGAAGAAACAGCCCACCAGGAGACAACACCAGAAAAUGACACUACAACAAGGGAGCCACCUGUAGAUAUUCAAGCGCAGAACCAGGAAUCAUUAGAAGAAAGAGAAGCUACUGUAGAAGAAAAAGAAAUUUCUGAAGCAGUUGAUACUGAAGCAACAGUGCAACAAAGCAGUGCUGCUUUUGAGGAGGCAAUUCCAGAAGAUCAACAUAAUAUAGGUGCUACAAAUAACACAGUGCAGGAAGACACACUGGAAGCUACUGGGCAAACAAAAGAAGGUCCACAAUACCAGGAUCUAGGACCAGAAAAUGCAACUGAGAACACACAACCUGCAAGCAUGGCAAACAUUCCUGAUGUUGACGUUAUAACCGAAACACCCUCUGGAAUUCAAACUCCUGUGGAGAUCAAUCUGGACAUCUCUGAUGCCAUUCCAGAUACUACUGAUGGAAACACAGAAACAGAUGAACUAGUUAAAGCAGAAGGUGUUAUCCAUCCUGAAAAGAAAGAGAGCUUUCCAGAAGAUACAUCUACCGCAGAACCUACAGAAGAGGUGGCCAAAGUAGAAGAUCAGCAGAGCCAGCAAGUUGAUGCAAUGGAUGAAGACGUGGUGCAGGAAGAGGUGCCUAAAUCUGAACACGCUGAUGAGCCAACAACUAAUGCUCUUCAAGUGCUGAAUCAAGAAUCUGCUGAAGAAAUCGAUGGCCCAGUGAAUGAAAAGACUGAAGAAACAGCCAACCAGAGCAACAUGCCAGCAUCUGAGGAGAUAAUGCCAGAAUAUGACGUGACAACAAGGGAGCCACCUGUAAAUAUUCAAUCGCACAACCAGGAAUUGUUAGAAGAAAUAGAAGCUACUGUAGAAGAAAGAGAAGUUGCUGAAGCAGUUGGUACUGAAGCACUGGUGCAACAAAGCAGUGUUGCUUUUGAGGAUGCAGUCCCAGAAGAUCAGCAUAACUUAGGUGCUACAAAUAACACAGUGCAGGAAGACACACAUGAAGCUAUUGGGCAAACAAAAGAUGGUCAGCAAUACCAGGAUCUAGGAUCAGAAAAUGCAACUGAGAACACACAACCUGAAAGCAUGGAAAACAUUCCUGAUGUUGAGGUUAUAACCGAAGCACCUUCUGGAAUUCAAACUCCUGUAGAGCUCAAUCUGGACAUCUCUGAUGCCAUACCAGAUACUACUGAUGGAAACACAGAAACAGAUGAACUAGUUAAAGCUGAUGGUGUUAUCCAUCCUGAAAAGAAAGAGAGCUUUCCAGAAGAUACAUCCACCGCAGAACCUACAGAAGAGGUGGCUAAAGUAGAAGAUCAGCAGAGCCAGCAAGCUGAUGCAAUGGAUGCAGAUGUGGUGCAGGAAGAGGUGCCUAAAUCUGAACACGCUGAUGAGCCAACAACUAAUGCUCUUCAAGUGCUGAAUCAAGAAUCUGCUGAAGAAACCGAUGGCCCAGUGAAUGAAAAGACUGAAGAAACAGCCAACCAGAGCAACAUGCCAGCAUCUGAGGAGAUAAUGCCAGAAUAUGACGUGACAACAAGGGAGCCACCUGUAAAUAUUCAAUCACAGAACCAGGAAUUGUUAGAAGAAAUAGAAGCUACUGUAGAAGAAAGAGAAGUUGAUGAAGCAGUUGGUACUGAAGCACCGGUGCAACAAAGCAGUGUUGCUUUUAAGGACGCAGUUCCAGAAGAUCAACAUAACUUAGGUGCUACAAAUAACACAGUGCAGGAAGACACACAGGAAGCUAUUGGGCAGACAAAAGAUGGUCAGCAAUACCAGGAUCUAGGAUCAGAAAAUGCAACUGAGAACACACAACCUGCAAGCAUGGAAAACAUUCCUGAUGUAGAGGUUAUAACCGAAGCACCUUCUGGAAUUCAAACUCCUAUAGAGAUCAAUCUGGACAUCUCUGAUGCCAUUCCAGAUACUACCGAUGGAAACACAGAAAUAGAUGAACUAGUUAAAGAAGAAGGUGUUAUCCAUCCUGAAAAGAAAGAGAGCUUUCCAGAAGAUACUCAAGAAGAUGCAGACGUGGUGCAGGAAGAGGUGCCUAAAUCUGAACACACUGAUGAGCCAGGGGUCAAUGCUCAAGAAGUGCUGAAUCAAGAAUCUGCUGAAGAAACUGAUGGCCUGAUGAAUGUAAAGACUGAAGAAUCUGAGCACAAGAGCAACAUGGUGGUCCCUGAGGAGACAAUGCCAGAACAUGAUGCACAAAUGGGGGAGUCACCUGUAAAUAUUCAAGAACAAAGCCAGGAAUCAGUAGGAGAUGCUGAAGCAGUCGAUACUGAAGCAGAAAUGCAACAAAACAGUGUUGCUUUUGAGGAGACAACUCCAGAAAACCAUGUAGCAACUACAGAGCCAUGUUCUGAAAUCCAACAUGUACAUCAUGUGGAACCAGAGGAAAUCAAUGGCCCUGGAGAUGCCAAAGAUGAUGAGAUCACCAACAUGAGCAAUACCGAAAAUCUAGUUCAAGACAAUAUUCUGCAGAGUGGGCCAACAAUAGAUAUACAACCAGUUCAGGAGUUGGAACAAAUUAAAACGGAUGAAGCUUACCAGACUCAUGCUGUUAUCUUCAAUGACCUAGCUCAGGAAGAUGCUACAGCAACAAGUGAGCCACAAGUGACUGAAACAGAAGAACUAAAGGACAUUGAAGCUACUGAAGCUGAAGAAAUCACCAAACUCGACCAUGUUACUCAUUCCAAGGAACUUGCAGUAGAAAAUGAUUCAACAGCAGAUGAACCAGAAUCACAUAAUGGUGAAAUCCAUCAAACCCUUGAACAAGAUUUAGUUGAAGUUAAGGACACUGAAACUUACCAUGAAAAAACUGUAUCUACUUCAGAGGAGGACACAGUGGAAGAUAAUGUAGCAGAAGAUGAGCCAAGUUGUGGUAGUCAAGAAGUAGAUAAUGCAGAGUCAACAGAAGAAACUAAGCAAAACAUAGAUGAGAAUAUUGCAGAAGUCUCUGAUGUGGUGAUUGUUGAUGAGGCAAUUGAACGGAAUGUGCUACAGACUGAGGAUAUCGCGGAAAUGCAUAAACAGGAGCUAGAAUCAGAAGAAACGAAGAGAACAGAACCUGUUGAAUCAGAGGAAGCUUCAGCUCAAGAAGAUAAUACAAAGGAAAGUGAGAUGCAGCAGACAGAGUCAGCAACAGAAACAAAGGAAAUUGAACCCACUGAAGUUGAAGCAGUUCCCCGAGAAAGCAAUGCCUGUGUUUCAGAGGAGCCUUCUCAAGAAGAUCAUAAAAAAGAAAGUGAAACAAGUUUUGACAAUCAAGAAGUGAACAUCGCAGAAUUUUCAGAAGUAAUUGAUGGUCACAAAGAUAUCAUAACUGGAGGAAUCUCUGGCCAAAGCAACACAGCUUCGGCUGGGGAUUCAGCUGAAGAAAGCAAUGUCCCUGAAGGCGAGCCACCUGCACAGGCUGUGCAGGAACUGGGAUCAGAGGAGAUAAAGAACACUCAAAUUGACGAAGUGAAUGAAACAUCCCUUGAAAUGAAUGCUACUGUCUUUCAGACGCCAACUCAAGAAGAAAAUCCAGCCACAGCCGAAUUGCAUGAAUCAACAGAGGUGAGCAACAUUGAAGCCACAGAAGUGCACGGAAACCCCCACCAAAGUGAUGCUACUGCUCAGUCAGAGGAGCAAGCAACAGACGAAAUAUCAAGCGGUCUGAAACCAGAACCAAUCAAAGAUAAUGAUACUGAAACCAAUGAAUCUCAAAGUUCCUCCCAGGAAAAAAUAAUCUCUACCUCUGAGGAGUCUGUCCCAGAAGAAAUAGCAACAGAAGAUAAUGUAACCACUGAACCAGACGUUGAUCAGCAACAACUUCAGGAUCAAGAACCUGCCGAAAUCAAGGAAACUGAAGCUGAUAAAUCUCAAGAAAUUGUCUCAUCUAACACUCUUUCUUCUGAGGAGUUCACAUUAACAGAACCAAGUUCUGACACUCAAGCAGACAAUUCACAGUUAGUAGAAGAAACUGAGGAUACAGAAAAUGUGAAAAGCAAUACUGCUCUUGCUGAGGCAGCAGCUCCAGAAACAGAUGCAAAUGCUGAUACAUCAUCUUUCCAUGAGGCAGAUCUAGAAGAGACCAAGGACACAACCAAGGACACAGGAACAAGUGAAACAGAGGAUGUUAUGACAUCAAGUGACUAUACAUCAGAAAAGAUGGACAUGGAAACCAUGGAGACUGAAGCAGUCCCUCAUGAGAUUAAUGUUGCAAAUAUAAAGGAACACACUGAAGAUGACACUUCAACACCAAAUGCCCCACAUGCUGGUUCUGAACCUGUUCGUGAACUAGAAUCAGUUGAAGACAGCAGUGACACAACAGAACAUCCAGGACAGACCCAUGGCUCUACUUCUGAUGAGCUUACUCCAACAGAAGAACAUACAGCAGUAACAGAGCCAUCUUUUAAUACACAAGAAGUGCAGAAUCUGACAUCUCAAGAAACCAAGGACAGUGAAGAUAACAAAACUGAUGAAUUCUCAGAUAUCAGUAGCUUUCCGACUCCUGGAGAUGCAGAUCAAGUACCAGGAAUUGAACCAACUCCUGGUGUCCAAGAAGUGCAAGAACUGGGUUUAACAGAAGAAACAAGAGACAUUGAAGACGUAGAACCUGAAGAUCAGCAAGAACACAUAGUUUCUACCCUUGAGAAGCCAGCAGUAGAUGAUGGUGAACCAAAUGCUGAUGAUCAGCAGGUUCAUGAGGACAAACUACCAGAAGUGGAAGACAAUAAAGCAAUUGAAGCUGAUGAAGCCUCCAAGCAAAGUAAUAUUGCCACUCCUGAUAAUGCAGCUGAAGAAAGGAAUGAACUGGAAAGUGAUCCAGAUUCAUAUGCCCAGCCAGCAGAACAGGUAGAAUUAUCCAAAGACAAUGAGAACAGCCAGCUUGUAAGGGCAGAAGAAACCUCAGACCAAAGCAACUCUGUUGCCCUUGAAGAAAGAACUACAGAAGAUUCUGUUGCAAGCGAAAUUGACCCACCUGUUGACAUUAAACAAGAGCAACCAGUGGAAGAAAUCAAGGGUGUCGAUGCCACUGAAGCUGAAGAAGACUUUCAUACAAGCCAAGCUGAUGCAAUAGAGAAACUAGCUUCAGACAAUAAUAUAGCAACAACUGAACCGACUUAUGAUAUUCAGCAAGUGGAUGACUUGGAAGGAACGGAGGAAAAGAAGAACACUGAAGCCAUUAAUGAUGGAGAACAAUCCAAUAUUUCUGUUCCAGAGGAACCAACUCCAACAGAUAAUGGAUCAACACUAGAAGAUUAUCAUGUAGAAUCAAAUGAAGGAACGGUGGGGAUUGAAACUGACAAUGUCAUUUUGGCACACGGAAUCAAAGAUGAAAUACAGAAGUCAGAAGAACUAAAGGACGAUCCAUGUGAUUUGGGCGAAACUGUUUUAACAACUCAGAGAAGUGAGAACAUGAUUGAUGAAGAUGAUGUUCAAACUUCUGGUGAUGAUACAAUAGAGACUUCAAACAAUAUCCAUCAAGUCAAAGAAGAGCCAAAUGCUGGAACCGAACAUAAUUCAAGCGAAAUGGCAAGUGAGCAUAAUGGAGAGAACGAAACUCAUGUCCAAGAUAGAAAUGUAGACGUGCAAAUUCUCACAGAAAGUGGCACUGCAGAAGCAUCACAGGCUUUAUUUGAAAAUGAUCCUCAGGCAGCACAAGAUACUACAGAAAAAGAUGAUACAACAAAAGCUAGUGAGCAAACCAGUGAUCACGAUAGCAGGCAACAUUGUGAUGUAGCACUUCAACAACAAAGUUGUGAGACAGAUGCCUUAUCCAUUUUGGAACAAGAUGAGGCUCUGCAAAAGAACGACUCAGAUCAAAAGCAGAAAGAAGAUGAGGAGAUUGAAAGUCAGAAUGAUGAACUUCAGGUAGAUGAACAGAAACAUGAAGAAAACAGGGAUGAUUUAACCACAGAACCACUAGUGGAUUACCAGAAUUUCGAAAAUGGAGCAACAAACAAGACAAAAGAUAAUGAUGAAUUCGAGGCUGAACAAACAGAGGCAACCAUUAGUGAGAUUCUCAAGAAUGAAGCCCUAUCCAAGGAAUCCACCCCAAGCGUUAUGGAUAUGAAAGUUGAAAACAUUAAGGAAACAAGUGAAAAAACUGAAGAAGAUGAUGAUGCCAAAAAUGAUAACAAAGAUGAGCAGGAGAAUGCAGAAAAUGAUGAUGUAGUAGCAAAAACUUCUACUAAUGAACAAGGCGAAACAACUGAUGAAAUUAGAAAAGAAGAGAUUGAACCUGGUUUGGUAUCAUCUAUUCAAGAAGCAUCUGACCCAGCUCCUUCAAAAGACAAAAUACUAGAGAAUGAUCCUGUUCACGUCAUUCAAGCAUCAGAGAAAGAGAUCGCAGAUGAAAUAGAAGAAAGUAAAGAAAUACAUGAAGACAAUGCUAUUUGUCAUGAUGAAUUACAGACAAAUUCUGAGAAGGAAGAGUCACCUCAACUGUACAAUGUGGAUGCUAAAAUUGAUGAUACAACACCUCUAUGCGAAGAAAUAAUCCAUGACAAUGCAAGUAUAAAGCCUAGAGAAAUCGAAGAGAUAGGAGAAAACAAGGGCCUCGACUCCACUUCUGAACCUUCUGUAGAAUCAUCCAUACAGAACAAUGUUGAGGACUCAAGCAGUCAUCACAAGGUUGAAGAUGAAAAGCUUUCAAUGUCUGAGAAAAAUGAUGUAGAUACUGAAGCUAUGCAAGAAAACAAUGAUGAAUCUGCCGCAGACAUAAACCAAACAGAACAAUGUCAAGAAGAAAUUAAUGCAGAUGAUGUUCGACAACUUGAAACAGAAGAAAAUUCAUUUGACAAGAUUGAAGAAACUGAUUCACAUGAGGAAACAGAGACAAGCAGUACAGCAGCCACUGAAGCAGUAUCGAUCAAUGAAGAUAUUACUGAUAAGGUUAGCGGGGCUGAUGGAGCACCGUCUAGCGGAAGUCUCAAGACCUUUACUGGCACUGGAAGGGAUCUUGAUGUUUCAUUGGUAAUUACAACACCAAAGGAAGAAAAUGUGAACGACAAUAUGGAAAACCUCAGUCUUGACCUUCCUGGACAUCCAGCACAGGAUGGCAACACCCCUGAAAAGGCGCUCAGCUUAGAGGAAACAGAAAGAGAGAUGCCUUCGUCAGAGAAGGUCCUUCAAACUGAACCAGGAGAGAAUCAAAUUCCCAAUGAACAGGAUGAAAAGGGCAUACAAGAUGAGAAUCAAACUCCUAAAGAAAAGAAUGAAGAUGACAUGCAAGAUACAGAAAUUGGAGAGGCUAAGAAAGAAGUUGAACAAGAAUUACCUGUCUCCCAUUUUCUGAUGAAUCUAAUAUUGGGAAAAGAGAGCAGUGAUGCAAAUGAAGAUUCAGAAUCUGAGGCUACAAGGAAACAAGGCGAAGCGACAGAAGAUGGCAGCCAUGCAUUCAUUUCUAAACAAGAAGAAAGUCUAGGGUCACUUCCUACAGAAAAUAAGGUGGAUGACAAUCUCACCUUUGUUGAACAAGAAAAACAUGAAGUUAAAUGCUCUGAAGAAACACAGGAAAUGGUCAAAGAACAAAGUGAUGAUAUUAAGCUGGACACAGAAAGAUCAAUUGAAACUGAUGAAGAUGUCAAAAAGAACACUCAUGAUUUGGAAAUACCAGCAUACCAAGAGAAUCCCCAGGAUGAAAUUUCUGGUGAAUUGCUGACAGGAGAAGCAGCUGGUGUUUCUACAAAAAUGGAAACUAGAGAUAUUGAUAUUUCGAGUGUUGAGCUGGAUGACAGAGCAGUUGGUACUGUAUGUCAGGAAAACAUGGAGGUAUCAACAAAAUAUGAAAAUGGAAGCUUGAGGAGCAGCCUGAAUGACUCAACAAACACAAAGGCUCCCGAAGAGGAUACUCUAGGAGAAGGACAAACAGGACUCGUGCUUGAAUCUUUACCUGAAGACAAAAGUGUUGAUGCAGUGUCUGAGCAAGCACCUUUGUUGACAGAAUCAGGAAUGACUGAUGCAAAUGACUUGUCUAGCGAUACUGCAAGUGUUCAGAACCCUGUGUCUGCAAAAGAAGACAAACCCACUGAAUCUGCCAACGUUGAGGCCACAUGUUCUACUGAUAUUCAACUGGAGAAUGAAGAAGUAGAUAAGAAAGAAGAGGAGCAGCAUGCAAACACAGCCACAGAUGAAGUUUCUGAAGAGAAUGUAGAAAGUUCACAUGUAAAUCUGCAGAAAAUCACAAGCUCCGAAGUAACAUCUAAUGAACUAGCAACUCAAAUUACCAAACCAGUUUGUGACACUCAGACAAUUUUGGCUCGUGAAAAGGAAAUAUCUGAAGAAAACUUUCCAACAGCAGUCGAAAUUCAGGCUGAUGGUCCAAACUUGCAGAUCAACCAAGAUAAGCAAAAUGAAGCUGCUGACAAUGAAUCUGCAUUGGAGCCAGAAAAAGUAGGGGAAUCUAAUUUUCAGGAACACCAGGAAAUUGGUACUGAGCAAAAGUCUCCUGAAGAGACUGAUGAAGGAGACCAGCAACUUUUGGCCAAGACAGAGAUUCUGACCCAAGAACAGGAUGUGCAUGAGACAGUCGAAAGCCCUCAGCAAACAGUGAGCAUAAAAUCCAAUGAAGACCAGGAACUGUUUGAUCCAAAGGUCCAGGAACGUGAUCUCAAUGUAGUUUCACCCAGAGAAGCUUCUGAGGCUGAAGAAAACUUUGUGGACGUAAGCAAGCUCUGGCUGAUGCAGAGUCCAAAGGCUGAUGCAGAACAGAGUCCAAAGGCUGAUGCAGAAGAGAAGAUUUAUGACGAGAAGAUAAAGGACAUAGAGGGAACUAAGAAUUUCACUGAUGAAGCGGCAAUGAAAACUGAAGCACCAGGAGCAGCCCAGAAGGCACUUAAAAAACAUGGCCUAUUGUCUGGUGUGGGAUCAAAGGUAAAGCACCAACUUGCAAAAGUGAAGAAAGCCAUCGUAGGCAAACCUGGGCGCACAAAACCAGAAUCUCCGAAGGCAUAA